AUGUACAAUAUUGGUAGAGAUCUUGCUGUUAUGUUUGCUGUAGGAAAUAUUUUUCUUCUUGGUAACCCUGACACUGGUAAAUUAUCAAUCGAUCAUAGUUCAGAUGAAACUGGUGUUAUCAUGGAUAGUAUCCCGGAUGGUUUAAAUCAGCAUAAUGUAUUAGAACUUGAUGCGUCAUUAACACGUAAUGAUUAUGAUUUAGCUAAUGAUAGCAACGAUAUACCGUUGUAA